CGACGCUAUUGCCCACCUGAUACCCCUGAUACCCGACCUCGACAGGUCAUUCAGUAUACUUCGACGCUAACCCAGACCACAAGAGCGUCAAGGCUGAUCGAACGAUUGUCUUUGGGAACACGGCAAUUGACGCGGCGAUGAGACAAUAAUCCUCCACCAUGUCCAUUACCCGCCUCCUCACCACGGUGCUCCAGCACUAUCAAGAUGUCCACGACGAUGCGCGCACCGAACAGAUCUACGGGUCAACCACAGUCUUACUCACGAACCUUUCGAAUCCCUUGAACCUUUCCCUUCUUACCUCCCAGUUUCUCACGGCGCCGGCAAUAUGGGGCCGAGGGGACACCAUGCGCGCCUGCUACCGCGCCAUCAGCAUCUUCAACACGGCCGCCAUCCACGUGCGCCGGAACGAGCUCGAGAACGCCAAGAAUAAAGGCGGUAAGCCCGUCGGCAGCGGCCUGGGUAGCGACGCAUGGGCCGCAGCAGUCCUCAAGGGCGCUGAUGAACAGUCGGGGCGGUGGCAGCAUCUCCUGGUAUUCAGCGGUGUUUUGAUGGGCAUGGAGAGCGGCAACCGUCACUCGCUCACCAGGGGCAUGCGCUCGACCGUCGAACGAGCCGUUGUUACAGCCACGAAUCUCGCGCUUCGAAUCAGGGAACCCGAACCUCCUGCCCCGGCAGCGCCCAUAGCUCUAGCUCUCAAUUACGCUUUCCCCCUGCUGUCAGAUUCAUCGCGUGCCGCCCUGCACUGUGACGCGCUCGUCUCGGUCCUGACAAGGGCAAUGCUGUCCGCCGAAGGUUUGGAAGACGGCAUCUUCCUCGCCACCAUUGACCAGGAUGUGCGGCAGUCCGGCUCAAACUUCAUGUGGGCCGAGGACUCGCCCUCCUCCUUGCAUCUCAAGCGGCUUGAGCAGAAGCCUCUCAUAUCUGGGCUGGGCCCCUUGUCGAGGCUGCUGGCCUACGCCACCCAACAUGCGCGCGACUCGCGGGUAGUCCUGCAGCUUCAGGAUGAUUUGGUCGCAUUUACAGCCAAGCUUCUGCAGCACUGGGAAACCAACAAACUAUCCGAACUCGAAAUCUCUGAAGAGGAUGUCUUCCUCACCCCGGAGACACUCAAUGGGACUUGGCCAGCGCUAUGGCAAUUUCUCAAGAAGAUCAUGUACGCCAUCGUUGCCGUUUUACAAGCUGUAGUGGCGCGCAGUCUCCUAGACCACAAUCUCAAAAUGCACGCAGUGGCCCCGAUGGUAGCCACCAAGACCCUCCACACGCUCCGUAACCUCUACUUCAUCUCCUCGCGCAACGGUAGUGACGCCUUCCAGGUCUACGCCUUCACAUACCUGACCUCGCUCGACAAUCUCUCCCGCUACGGUGCCGCCUCCGCCGCCUUCCUCCAAUCCCUCAAACCCACCCCGUCAAACGGCAUUCCCCCGCACCCCCUCCACCGUACCCUCGACCUCUUCUACCUCAACACAGCCGAGCACCUACCUCUCAACCUCCCACCGGAAGCCUGCGACGCGCUAAUCGUCCAGCCCGCAAUCCCCUACCUCAGCAGCAGUUCCUCCUCCAGCACCACCUUAUCAUCCUCAUCAUCAUCAGCAACUGCCACCCCGAAACGAAUGAUGGAGCUAUUCGAGUCAGCGCACAGCGCGGUGCUGUCAGUGCUCUCGUGCCCACAAAACAGCGGCAGCCUCACGGCGGGGCUGGUGCCCUUUUACGCCGACACCCUGCUGGCGUCCUUUCCCCCCCGCAUCUCGCCCCGCCAGUUCCGCCUCGCCUUCAAGACGCUCAUGCACAUCGCGUCCCCACCCUUCCCCGUCGCCGAAUCCCACCCGCAUCUAGCCGAGGCCCUGCUCGAGAUGGUGAGAUUCAGGGCCAUAGCCGCCUCCGGGCCGGCGAUUUUACCCCUGAAUGCGGCCGAUGCCGUUGAUGAACAGCAACAACAGCAACAACCCGUGUCUGAGCAGAGCACGUUGGUGCUGACGCUGGUUGACGCGCUUCCCUUCUUGCGGCUGGACAUUUUUGAGGAGUGGAUGACGCUUGCCGCCGAGGCGCUCAACGGGAUCGCGGAUGCGAGGUUGAGAGAGGUGGUCAAGAGGCGAUUCUGGGACGUCUUGGCCAGUGGGGAGAUGGAUGUUGAAAGGGCAGCCAUUGGACUCGCCUGGUGGGGGACCAAGGGCGGCAGGGAGUUGGUGCUUUAUGGCGCGGCCGGACGGCCGCCGCCGCCGCAGGAUAUGUAUAUGAUGAGUGGGGCCAUUGUGGAAGAGCCUCGGCGAGAGAGCAAGUUGUGAUGGUAAAUGAGCAGUGGGCGGGUGCCCGAUGCGUUGUGUAACUGCCCCUGCUAGAGCGCUGCUUGGAAUUGGCAUGGCAUAUACUUGUAGAAGCAAAGGUGCUUAAUGGGGUUUUCGAGGCUCGGCGAUAAGCAUACAUGAUAUCCUCGUAAUUAUAGCGCAGGAUAUAACCUGUGGCUUACGGUAGAUGCGACGGCGAGUAACGGUAGUAACUGAAGUCAGGCUCCUGCUCCAGUUAUAUUGGUUUGGCCUUGUCUGGCGCUCUAUGCUAAUGUGGCUAGUUUUGAUGCUUUUAAUGCCUCCUCCAU